UUGUGUAAGAGAGGAAUGGUGUUUAGUUUAGCACAUGUACCGAUAUCUCUCUUCUUACAGGUGGAGCUUGCCUUAUGGGAUACGGCUGGACAGGAGGACUAUGAUCGGUUAAGACCUCUCUCCUACCCCGACACAGAUGUCAUUCUUAUGUGCUUUUCCAUCGACAGUCCCGAUAGCUUGGAGAAUAUUCCAGAAAAGUGGACACCAGAGGUGAAGCAUUUCUGUCCGAAUGUUCCCAUCAUCCUCGUUGGUAACAAAAAGGAUCUCCGAAACGAUGAGCACACACGAAGGGAACUUGCCAAAAUGAAACAGGAGCCUGUGAAGCCAGAGGAGGCACGAGACAUGGCCAACCGAAUCAACGCCUUUGGUUAUUUAGAAUGCUCAGCCAAGACAAAAGAUGGCGUGAGAGAGGUGUUUGAGAUGGCCACCAGGGCUGCGCUGCAAGCGAGGAAACGGGGCAAAAAGUCUGGCUGUCUGCUGUUAUAGAAACCUGUAGAAGAGAGGAGGUCCGUUAACAGCCCAGGAGACUUCAGAGCAGGGAGGGAGGGAGGAUGGGACGAGCCUAGCAUUCAUGUCCUAGUACAGUCGGCGUACCGGACUGAUACUGGGACAUCAUGUCAGACAAACCACAAGAGACCAACGGAAAGACUUCAGGAACAAGAUGACAUCAUUUCCUGUCAUCACAAAGUUUGGGAUUAAGAGUUUUCUGGUCACAUCAAGCAAA